UUUUAGCAAAGAUACUAUUUUAGGCAAGCAAAGGUAAUAUCCAAAGCCUUUACAACAUUUCAUGCUAUUCAUUAAUGACUGCAGAUAUUUAUGAUAAAGUGCCAUUAAAAAGAAAAACAUAAUCUUUAGGAUGUUGGAAACUUUACCUGUCUGAGAGAACUUUCCUUUGUCAGUCUAUAAAUCAGAAGAAACAUGUCUGUAGCCCGGCUUUAGACGGUCAAGCUGUCAUGGAUCAAAUCUCAUCAUCUCAGGUUUCCUGCUGGCUUUCAACACUCACAACGUCCAACUCUCCUGGAUUCACACGCUCUAAAUAUAGCUGCCUUAAAGUCAGACAGGAUUGCAAGGGAGGCUUAAAACUACUGCGAAGAAACACGGAGACUUAAGUGAAUUUUAAUAAACACUUUGUAUGUUCUGAGGCAUUUUGGGCCUUUGUGUAAUGCAAGGUUGUUGAACUAAUGGACUGACACUCUGGAUUAAAGGACGGACUGGCCUGUUGGGAAGACCAUGGAAUUAAUCAGGAACCAAGAGGCAUUAUGUCAGUAAUGCAGUCUUAAUCGCCACAGAUAUUUCUCCAUACGUUAACGUCAAGAAAAGUUCAAUAUUUUGUUCAGCGGGUGGUUAUAAGUUGCUCCAGCAGAAAUGAUAUGCAACUUGUCUCUCUUAGUUGUCUUCAGUCUUUUUGUGUCUCAGUGCCACGGUGGCUGUUCGGAGGUGGACUCCCUGACUGAAGCCGUGGCUGGAGAAGGAUUCCUGCUGGGCUGCAUCUCCUGUAAGAAAAGAGAGGAGGUGUCUGCCCGAGCUACUGUAGACUGGCACUUUAAACCGCUGGGAGAGGAGGAGUUCAGUCAUAUUUUCCACUAUGACCAUCCCAGUGCUAAUAUCCUCCAAGAAGAUUUCAGCAACCGUCUGGAGUGGCAUGGGACACUAAACAGUGAUAUUCAGACAGGAUCCAUUUACAUUAAUGACGUCGUCUUCAAUGACACGGGGACGUACCGCUGCACCAUCCACCGCACCCUCUUCCUGCCGCAGUAUGAUGAGCACGUCACUGUGGAGAAGGAGGUGGAGCUCAGCGUGGUGGCUGUAGCCAAUCGGGAGCUGACUGCGGUGAUCUCAGAAAUCAUGAUGUAUGUGCUGAUCGUGGUUCUGCAACUGUGGCUAAUUGUGGUUCUGGUCUACUGUUACAACAAGAUUUCGGAGGAGCACGAAGCUCGGGAGGCCCGUAAAGCUCUCAAGGCUCAGACACAGCUGUUAGAAUCAAAAGACAACUGUGACGGGGUGCAGCUGGAGUAACAUUAAUGGUAAAAAGAUCAUCUCUGCAAGGGCCACGCUUAACCACCAUAACAUGAUUUUACUAACAAAGACACAUCUACUGUACAAGAGGCUGAUUUUAAAUGGCUUGGUCACGCUCAGUCAUUUAUGAAAACUGUAAGAUUAACUAUAUUAAAGGGAAAUUUUGGUUUAUUUCAACCUG